ACAACUAUUCCCAUGCGCCUCUAUACUGACAUGCUAUAAUGAGUACAAGGUGAAAUGUGAAGAAUGAUGGCUACCCUAGUCGUGCUAGACUGGCCGUACUGGAUUCCGGGGCCCCACAGUUACCCCACAGUCAUCCCUUAGAAGAAUGCUGGUGAGAGUAACAAACUGUAUAUAUCCUGCAACGCUGCCAUUUUCAACCUCGUAUUGGCAUCUCAAUCAGCAUUAAUUACAAACAUCUAAAACAAGCCGUUGCUACUAUGACGGUCCUUACUGGUCGUCCUCUGUCAUGGGCUAUCACAGCCACUGCUGGUUGCGGCUUUCUCUUAUUUGGCUAUGACCAGGGAGUAAUGUCUGGGCUAUUGUCAGGAGCCGCUUUUAUAAAGCAAUUCCCGGAAAUUGACACUACUCCAAGCGGUACUGGAAGCUCAUCUCUUCAAGGCACAGUCGUUGCUAUCUACGAAAUCGGUUGUUUCUUUGGAGCAAUAUUCUGCUUCAUGUUUGGUGAACGGUUGGGACGAAGAAACUGUAUCAUGCUUGGAUGUAUCGUGCUCAGCAUUGGGGCAGCGCUUCAGGCAUCCGCAUAUACCAUCCCACACAUGAUCGUUGGCCGGAUUGUUGCAGGACUUGGAAAUGGGAUGAACACAAGUACGAUCCCUGUGUGGCAUUCUGAAUUGAUGCAAGCAAAAAAGCGUGGCAAGGGGCUGGCAAUUGAGUUGGCUAUCAACAUCUUCGGGGUCAUGACUGCUUAUUGGGUAGACUACGGAUUCAGCUACGUCAGCAGUGGUGCACAAUUCCGAGUUCCCCUUGCUCUGCAGAUUGUUUUCGCAGUUGUAACCUUUGCUGGCAUACUGUUUCUUCCCGAAUCCCCCAGAUGGCUCAUUGCGCACGAAAGACACAGCGAAGCACGCCAUAUCCUAUGGGCAUUGGAGAUGGACCCAAACUCAAUAACUGAAUCAGAUCCUGCCAUCAACAGACAAAUUUUGGAAAUCCAGAAUGCCGUCAACGAAGAAAGAGCGGCUACUGAGGGGCGUAGCAAGACAGCGUUGCUAAAGAACGGACCACAAAAGUUUCGCCACAGAGUUCUUCUUGGUAUCGGCGGACAAUUCAUGCAACAACUGUCUGGCAUCAACCUCAUCACUUACUAUGCUCCUGUAAUCUUCGAAAACUCUGUCAAACUUUCACACAAUCUAGCCCUAUUACUUGCCGGCUUCAAUGGGGUCGCAUACUUUUUCUCGUCAUUAAUCCCAAUAUGGAUUAUAGACCGCCUCGGCCGACGAAAGCUCAUGCUUUUCGCAGCUGCUGGUCAGUGUGCUUGCAUGGCCAUACUUGCCGGAACUGUAUCUUCGGGUACCAAAGCUGGUGGAGUUGUUGCAAUUGUGAUGCUGUUUCUAUUUAAUUUUUUCUUCGCCGUAGGAUUACUAGCGAUCCCUUGGCUCUUGCCGGCCGAGUAUGCACCAUUGGCAAUUCGUACUCGUGCCGCUUCUCUUGCAACUGCUUCAAACUGGAUUUUUACCUUCCUUGUGGUUGAGAUUACUCCCGUGAGCAUCAAUAGUAUUGGAUGGAAGACAUACAUCUACUUCGCAGUCUUCAACUUCUUUUUCAUCCCACUGAUCUGGUUCUUCUAUCCGGAGACCCAGAAUCUCUCACUAGAGCAAAUCGACAAACUAUUCACGGGAGAGAAGGUCAUAAUUCACUGGCAUCCGUCAAUGGGUUCUAUUGCGGGUGCUGAGCAUUCACCCGAGGCCGGAUCUACAGAUGGAGACAAGAUCUCAGAACAAGAGGUAUGCCAUGACGACCUCAAGGCUUUGUAGUUGGUAUGCAAAAUUUGGACUAGCUGAAGAAAUAUUUAUAAGAUGGACGCCUAACUAUAUACUAUACCUCCAUAAAGUCCGAAAGGAGCAAAAAUAUGACUUUUGCCCAUCUCUCAAGAAGCCUACUUCGAUUGAGACACUAAAGAUUAUGUGAGAAGAAAGCAAUUAACCUUAAUCAUGACAACCAACCUUUCAUUCCACUUCAGUAGAACGAACGAUUGGUUCCGACAAUUAGGUAAUAGAAGUGGUCGGCAAUUAAAGUUGACGACGGGGGCCUCGAGACGUCGAGGUACAAGCCAGGAAUCCACUAGACGGAACUAGUCCAUAACUGGCACUUUUUGCCGCCAACUCCCAGGCUUCCUGCCGUUCCCCGCCAUAUGUGAAUC